AUGGCAUUUAGUCCUUGGGUUGGGCGAAUGUGGCGAUUUCCGACGAUAUGGUCUCAUUUCAAGAAUUGGAUAUGUUCUUGGGGGUCUUCAAUGUCACGCCUGAUCAGGCGUCCUCAUGUUGACGAUGAGGAAAGGCCAAGCGGCGAGCAAUCAAAUAAUAUUGAACCCGAUAAGGGCUAUUCCUAUAUACGGGACGCUGAAGGCGAAUUUAUAUCCGGAGGAAUCACUGGGAUUGUGGAGCUUCUUGAUGAUGGAACUGUACUCAAGGCACCGUUUCCAGAUUCGGAUAUUCAAAGCCAUAUCGAGGACAUUGCCAAAGAAGCCGACAUCUAUCAUCGUAUUGGGCCACAUAAGAGGCUUGUUCGGCUACUGGGCCAUUCCAGCAAUGGCCUCGUGCUCGAAUAUAUGAAAAACGGUGAUCUCAAGUCAUAUCUCCAGGCUCAUGAUUCAAUACCAACAAGACUAAAAUUGAAAUGGGCGUAUCAAGUCGCCGAGGGCGUCGACCUCUUACAUAAGAACGAGGUGACCCACUGUGACAUAAAACCGCGCAACCUUCUGUUAGAUCCAAAUUUCGACAUCCAAAUCAUUGACUUUUCAGGCUCUUCGCUAAAUGGGUCGAAACCAGCCUCUGCUGAGGGAACCCGCUUUUAUCUUCCACGGCACUGGCACGAUCGGCCCACAGUGACUACAGAUCUAUUCGCAUUAGGAUCGACCCUGUACGAGAUUUUUCAAGGUACCAGUCCCUACGACGAGAUUCCUAGUGAUGAGGUAGAAAGGCUGUUUACACAGAAGGAAUUCCCUGAUGUCUCUGGCAUCCUAUGUGGAGAAAUUAUCAAACAAUGUUGGUUGUCUCAAGUUGACUCAGCGGCGCAUGUGCAGAAUGCCAUUCAGGAUAUCCUUUCCCGCACAGCUAACACCGACUGUACCCCUCAUCUCGGUGGUUUGGGCCUUUGUCAGGAUAUGUUGACAGACCAAGUGGUUUUUCCUUAG